AUGAAAUCAGAUUUUACAGCCAUCUUCAACAAGAUUUGCACCCUGAUUGAGACCUUGGAGCCAGAUAUCGUUCUCAUCGACCCCAUCUUCUCACCAGGUAUCACAGCGCGGAAGCACAUGAAAAGUCGCGUCUCAAAAGCGUUUACCUUCACCAUCUUCUCUCCCAACUCCAUGAAGGACUACGUUCACCACCUUGAGCCUCGUGACAAAGUAAGAGAGCUUACUAAUAUUCCGCAACUCGAGCUCAUUGAGAAUUUGUCGAUGCUUCAUACCAGUCUCGACGGCAUUGAUCGGGUUCCCAUUAGCGGCCGUCUCGAGACCGAUUUUCCCUGCCUGGACCUGGUGGGCCCUCCAAAGGCGUGUGUGGACAAGAUUCCUGGAUGUGGGCCUAUUCUUCAGCCGCUAGAGAAUAUUGAUGGCGAUCUGGCGGCUUGGCUGAGUCGAGGUCCUGUUAUUUACAUCAACCUCGGCACUCACUGUCUGACAUCCGAAACUGAGGCCGUGGAAAUGGCACGUUCGCUCACGAACCUAAUCGAUGUGGCUCUGGACAACAAUGCCAAGUAUACAGCCAAGUCAAUGUCAAUGUCACUAGCAGAGCUUUGUAGACGAAACUGA